UGACUGCUCUGGGAGUAAACAGCGGUAUCGGUGUUAUUUGCGGUAUUAUUAAUCAUUGGGGGUAGUAUUAUCCCUAUAACGAGUUUAGAAACCAUAGAUUCUAUGGUAGUGUUCCAUGUGACCUGUCCGUUCCCGGAUAGGGUGAAAAAAAAAAGCAUAAGUAAAGAUGGCUGCGUGUCCGGUGGCUGCUAUUUAGCCUAGUGUUCAGAUGAUGUUUAUGAGUGAGUACAUCCUUCUAACAGUGACAGCUGUGAUGUUCCAUCCCGUGCUACUAGCAUCCCUCAUGCGUAUGGGCAUAUGUGCCACUCCAUUAGUUUUGAAGCCGGUAUCUGUGCUAGAAUCCCCAGCAGUGGUUCCCAAGCUGUGGAACCUGCUACUGAACACGCGGUACAUCAGGCCAAAGGACGAUAAAAGGUUAGUAAAUCAGAAGCAAAUGCUGCUAACGUUUCCAAAAGGCGAAGGAAUCUUGGCCCGUCUUACCAAGACUGUUAAAGAGACUGGUACCAAGAAAAUUGUCCCACCAAGGAGGGCAGUCACCCUUUGCAACAGAAAGAACGAGUACCUAUUUUUUUUAAAAGUGGGCGAUGAAGCGACUAGUGUGAUCUUCAAGGCAUAGGCUACUGGUCAGUGGGAAGUGCAACUUGCAGACAGCGCACCUCAAAGAAACAUUUGAAGUGAUCUAAGGCUAAAGGCAAAUAAGUGGGGAUAUACCUAGUUACUCCUAUACAUUCAAGGGCAAGGAAGUUGUAACACUCAGCAAGGCUGCCUCAGUCCACAUUCAUGGAAUAACUGCUAGGAAGAACCGAGCUGAGCAAAAGUUGUCUGAGUCUAGAAACAUUAAAGUACCAGAGGGGCAGGGGCCCCAACUGUAGGAAAAUAACAGGUCAUCCAUAAACCUAAGUAACGUCUGCCAGUUUCCCCAACUACUACACCUGUAAACACACAACAGCGUUUAGACUCAGUUAUCCGUAGCAUCAGAGACCUUGGUGGGAUGAAUCUCAGCCGGCCUGAUAAAUGACAAGAUUUUUAGUCGCCAUUAUGAUAUCGGUUUUCGUCUGGCGAAGAUGGAUGACUGCAAAACUCUGCCUGCGAGCGCCUCACAAAAGCUCUUGUUCAAGACCAAAAGGCAAAAUAUCUAUGGUUUAAGUGUCAUUAAGGCUGCCAGACUGUGACGAAAAUGGGUGCUUUGUCGUCAUGGACUUGGAGCACACAAUGCCACGGCCUUGUCUUAAUGUCAGCUUAGGUCUAUUGCAAAAGCAAAUUGUGGGGUAGUCUUUUCAACAUUGCCGGCCUCCCCCUACCCCUUGUUGAUGACCCCUGCCUGUUAACGGAUUAGUGCGACGGUCUGCUUUGCAAAAAAUAAUAGACAAGACAAGGAGUACGCCAAUUUCAGUCAUCAGCUCGUUGCCAUCCUUCGCCAGUGUGUGGUGGACUUGCAAACUUCUGAAGACACCUAGACUGGUUAUUGCGUCUUCACUUCGCGGCUGAACGGAGUUCGAGAGGGCGGUGCUCUACUGUGAUGCGUAUAUGAACUACAUCCCUCUGUCUUUCAUCCUUGGCUUCUACGUUUCCUUCGUCGCGUCCAGAUGGUGGCAGCAGUACAUGGCGAUACCAUGGCCAGACAAGAUCAUUCACGCGAUAGCCCUACACGUCACGGGGUACGAUGAGAAGGGGAGGAUGAUGAGGAGGGCAUUGGCCAGGUACCUGAACCUUAGUCUAGUGCUCAUUCUCCGUUCUAUAUCGUCCGCUGUCAAAAAGCGUUUUCCUACGCUGGAACACCUGGUGGAGGCCGGUUUUAUCACUUCAACAGAGUUGGGGAUAUUCAACUCUGUCCCCAACAAGGAGUUUAAUACAUAUUGGGUUCCCUGCACUUGGUUCACGGCACUCCUGCGGGACAUCAAGUCACAGAAAAGGAUUCCGGAUCCUAUGGGAGUCAAGCAUAUCAUGGAGGAGUUCAAUGAGUUCAGACAAAAAUGCGGAUUACUCUGGAGCUAUGACUGGGUGUCUAUCCCACUUGUGUACACUCAGGUCGUAACCAUAGCAACCUACGCCUUUUUCAUGGCAGCCAUUGUCGGACGACAGUAUGUGGACAGGACGCAGCCUCUGUCCAAGCUCAAAAUUGAUCUCUAUAUACCUUUUUUCACUCUCCUUCAGUUCUUCGUCUACAUGGGUCUUCUCAAGGUGGCCGAGCAACUGAUCAAUCCCUUUGGUGAUGAUGAUGAGGAUUUUGAACUCAACUGGAUCAUCGACAGACACAUGAAGGUGUCGUACCUUAUAGUGGAUACCUUACUCAUUCGGACACCUCCCUUGGCCAAGGAUAUCUUCUACGAUGACGAAAGUCCUGUAUUGCCUUACACUGAGGCCUCAGCGGAAUUCAAGAAAAGAACUUAUAGAGGGUCGGUGGCAAAUAUGGUAAUCCCAGAAGACAAACAGAAUCUAAUCCUGCCGGAUAUCAUAGAAGAGGGUGAGGAUGAGGACCGCCUCAACCCCAGAAGUAAUCUUGCCUCCCAGAUGCCAUCUGUUAAGUCUUCCAUCAGCAACAUAGCAGGAUUGAUUGGAAGGAACAUAAAAGCAGAAGCCAAAGAAAUCCGGAGAAACUUUCGACGUGUAAGGAGUCACCCUGACACCGUAAGAGUAGCAAGCAAGGAGCAACGAAGCCUGAGUGUACCUGAUGACGUCCUUAUUCAAGAUGGAGGUUCAAUUCCUACUCUGAAGGAUGGACUUCGGGAAAGCUCCAGGUCUCAGCCCGUCUCCAGAAGCACCAGCAGAAGAAUUGGCACUGCAGGUAGUAAGGGUAUUGGGAGCGCUAUUGUGGCUAUUGGCUCGCAUCAAGGUUUUCUUGCCGCGGAUCCGGAGAAGGUAAGUCUGGCUAGUGGCCUGGGUAUCGCAUCAUCCACACCCACCUGUGACACGCCCAAUAAAGAAAAACAACUAGAUGAACUGGACUACAUGGUCUUGCCUAUAUCCAAUUGGGGGAGAACCUUUGAUAAUAGUGAUAGUUUAGCAAUAGAUAUGAAUAGUGUUGAUGACGAGGAGUUCAUCAAUGAGAAGGUGAAGGUUAAAGGAAAAGGAGCUUUCAGGUUGCCAGCGUCAAUCAAAGCUAGACUAGCAGUCAAGAAAAAGCCUGUCAUUACGUGGAGACCUUAUAUCAGACAGGCAAGCAGAGACCAGGGCCUUCCAGAAGAUCUAGGAGGAGAGCUUGCCAAAGAGCUACAAGCUGAAUUAUCAAAAUUUCCAGAUGUGUUAAAGGCAGAGUCUUCAGAAAAUAUUUCCCCAUUAAUUGUAGAGGAUGAAUGUGCUUUCAUGUGGCGAACAGUUGAGGAUGAUAAUCUGUCUACUAAAACAAGUAUGUCGGCACCAAGCGACGAUCAGUUAUUGGAAACAUUUUAUCAGGACACCUCAUUCUUAUCUCAUUACAAGGACGUAAAGCCUUCGCCGCCAGAACAGAGGCCAACUUCUCUAGAAUUUGGCCUACCAGGGGCUGUGGGAGGCUUUAGAAGACAAAAAUCUAUUGCGCGACGACCUGUAGUACUAAGAAGAGCGAAAUACAGGACAAGGGGUCGCAUGCGUUGUGUGGCAUGUUCAAUGCCUCUGCUUCAUAACAUACCACGGGAGAGUCAGUAUCUUAUAUCAACUUUAGUGAGGAGUAUUAGUGAAAGUUCCUUUUUCCAAGAGGCUGUCACACGUCGCGUCAGUUUGAUAAAUAGAUCUCAAGACAGGAGCAGGCCAGUCUCGGCAAAAUACUGCCCGUCACCAGAGGGAAUCAUUCCUCCAAAGUUACAACAUAGUGAUAGACAGUCAGAGUCCUUUCAUAGCGAGAACUCCAAAGAAGUGCCUUGAAGUGAAUAAAUCAGCUUUGCUGUAAAAGUGAUUUCCAACAUAUCGAGUCAUAUUCCACGUCAGUUUAAUGUUAUUCAACGUGUGUUGGUUGUAUGUAAGGAAGGAAAAUAGUCUUUGACUCGAGUUCCAGUGCAAUGUACAAUUAGCACCCUUUAUUCCUAUCCAAUUUUAUAGUGUAGAAUUUUAAAUCCCAAAAAAUCAAGCCGUUCUUGGUAAUGCAAAAGACAGAUAUGACAUAGGCUUUUGGCCUCUAAAUAUUUGUAUAUAAUGCAUUUUAUACAUCAAAGGCUGCUGUACUCCAGUGGAAUCAAAAGUUGUCAUUACUGAGUGUCCUUUAAAUCUUAUGUCACUGAGGAAUUCUAUAUGUUCAAUUGUUAAUUCUCCAAAAUACUGUGUGUUUAAGCAUCAACCAACUGUUCGUCACAAAUGAAGAUUUUAAGGUUUCCUAUAUUUUUGAAAGACCUUUUAAUAUUGCAAAUACUGCAAAUACCUUGAGUGUAUCACAACCUAUGAUCUAAAUCUCAACACUAGAAGUGUUCUAUUUUUAUUGGUACCCAAAUACCAGAGUAUUACUUUAGCCUUCUUAAAAAGAGUACAGUAUGUAGUACAUUGUAGUACUAUUCUCUGUGGUAAUGCAGCGCAGUUAUGUUAUGUUAAGAAAUGCAGUGUUUGUAGGCAAGACAAUAUCACUUUGAAGGUUUCAGAAACCGUGUGCACGUUUAUCGAUUGACAAUGUUAACUCUUAAUAUAUUAAAAACAAUAGUUUAGUAUGACAUGCAAAAGAAAACUUGAAAUGUGAUGUCAAAAACAGCUUCUCAAUACAGAAUAGCACCAAUACUACAGAGGGACAGAUACUGUGCAAUUUGUCCUUAAUCACCAAGAGUUCAGUAUGCAUACAUCACAGUUGAAAAUAUUUACUAAUGAUAGAUAGCAUAACAAAACUAAACAGUAUCAGAAUUGAUUUUGAGAGAUGUCUUUUUGAUAUUUUGAGUAUAAUGAUCCUGACAAUUAAACAUUCAAUUUCAGUGGCAGCUAAGUAAAUGUUGUAACUCUGAUGUGAAAGAUCUCUCAAAUUUAAAAAUACUCUUACAGAAGGUGGGUGAUACCACCAUUCAGUUCAAGAUAUGAAUGAAUUUACAUUUGGUUUAAAUCAAAUACCUGUAACAAAAACAAAAUAAAUCAAACAAUUUACUCAGAGCUCAGAUAUUCCUCCACUAAUAUAUAAGAGCACAGAUAAUUCUCUACUAACUUAGUUUUUGUCAAUGAUUUGGACAAUAAGUAUGCAUGGCACAUAAAGCACAAAGAGGUUUCAAAGUUAAAUUAUAAUGAAUCCACCUAAGGCUAGGUGUAGAGUAGCAAACAAACAUGUACCAGAUGUGAAAAUAAGCGCUGCAUCAAGUGAUGCUUUGAAAGGUUCUUUCUUCUUCUUCCUAUUUGGACUAUGUUUCAAAGAGUUAAAUAAGUAUUUCAUCUAGAGAUACAAACAUUCCAGCAUUGCUCUCUUGGGCUGUUGUUAUAAAUAAAUUUUUUUCUGAACAA